GGCCCUAUUUUGCUUUUAAUUUGAAAAUCCUCCUCUUCCUUUCCUUUUCCCCGCCCAGCCUCUUUCUCUUUCCUGCCGGUAUAAAAUCACACUCUAGGCCUGGUGUCUUGGGUGCCAAGCGGACGGUGGGCCCGGCGGUAUUUAAAGGGUCACUUAUAAAAGGAAGAAUCAACAAUCCUUUUGAAUGAUUAAUUGGAAUUCUUCAAAAUGUCAGUCCACACAGUCCCUGAGCAACCUGCAGGUGAAAUGGAGAAUCAAAUAAAAUCACCUGACCCAGGGCCUGGUGCCCCACCUGAGUACAAUUCCCAUUUUGUACCAGGGCCCCCUGGACCAGCUGCCCCUCUACCUCCAGGCUACCCCGGAGGCUUGCCUGUGGGAUACUACAGUCCACAUCAGCCCAGUACCUUCCCCUUGUACCUGCCAACUAGUGGUCGUCAUCCUAUCCAGUACCAGCCUGGAAAAUAUCCUGCACCGCAGCAUUCCGUGCCAGUAGUAUGGAUGCCAAUGCCAACUCUCAUGCUAAACUGUCCACCAGGCCUGGAAUACUUAGCUCAGUUGGACAACAUACACGUUCUUCAGCAUUUUGAACCCCUGGAAAUAAUAACAGGUUUUGAAACUAAUAAUAGAUAUGAUAUUAAAAACAACCUGGACCAGAUGGUUUACUUUGUGAAUGAAGACACAGAUGACUACACCAGGAAUGCAUAUCGGACACUGAGGCCCUUCGUGCUCCGGGUCACUGACUUUAUGGGCCGAGAAAUCAUGACAAUGCAGAGACCUUUUAGAUGCAGCUGCUGCUGCUUCUGUUGCCCUUCCACCAGACAAGAGCUGGAGGUACAGUGUCCUCCUGGCGUCACCAUUGGCUUUGUUGCCGAACACUGGAACUUGUGCAGGGCAGUUUACAGCAUCCAGAACGAGAGGAAAGAAGAUAUGAUGGGAGUGUAUGGGCCAUGCUCAACCUAUGGAUGUGGCUCAGAUUCUGUUUUUGAGGUCGUAUCCCUUGAUGGUGUAUCCAGUAUUGGCAGCAUUACUCGGAAAUGGAAUGGUGUAUUAUCAGCAAUGAGCGAUGCUGACCACUUUGAAAUUCACUUCCCCAUAGACCUAGACGUGAAAAUGAAAGCCAUGAUUUUUGGAGCUUGCUUCCUCAUUGACUUCAUGUAUUUUGAAAGCUCUCCACCACAACGUUCAUCCCAUUCAUCCUGAUUGAUGGACACUGCAAGUCAGAAGUUAUGAUUAAAUUAAAAAAAAAAUUAGAAAAGUUGAUUAGGCUUACAGUCAACCUUCAGUUAUUUGCAAAUAUAUUUAUCUGUUCUUGCAGGUUAUUGUUAUUGUGUGUUAGCUUUGACAGGUAGGCUGAGAGUGUAAGAACAAUUUAAACGUGUUUCAGUUGAGUAGAACCAUCUUUGUCAAGAUACAGUAAUAAUAGCUUCCAUCUCUAACCCUCUCCUCUCCAUCAGCAUGUCUGGUUACUGAAGAAAAUAUGAUACCAGGUGAAGAGAAUGAUAGGCUUCAUUGUUAAGAACAGAAAGGCAAGCAGGCAGAAAUACCAUGUUUUAUUGCACAAGGAAUAUUUUACUUGUGCACACAUAUCAAAACUUCAUUUUGCAAAGUUUAUAAAAGGUUCAAUGGAAAUGUUUAUUUUCUUACUAAGUAAAACCUGUUUUUUAUAUCAGAAGGUUAUAUUUUCCAUGCCUAUUUCCUCAUUUACCAACAUAGACAAUCAGGUACCACCUCUGUAUGAACAUAGGGUCAGACAAUCAGGAAAAGAGGUGACCAGAGUCAUAACCAAUCUAGAUCUCUGAGAAAUCAGGAGCUACACGUGCCCUAUGAGAAGCUUGCAUUUAGUGUUUCUUGGUCAUAGAGGCCUUCCAUAUAAAAUAUGUUUGGUCAGAUCUCUAGGAUUGCCUGUUGAACCUUUGUAUAUAUUUGAUACAACACAGAGGAGAUGAUUGCUUUUUUAUUUAUAUUUCAAGAUCCCUGAUAGUCACCAUGCUGUUUUGUUUUGUUUUGUUUAGGGCCCCACCUUGCAGCACAUGGAAGUUCCCAGGCUAGGGAUCAAAUUGGAGCUGUAGCCGCCAGCCUAUGCCACAGCAACACCAGAUCCAAGCCACGUCUGCAGUCUACACCACAGCUCAUGGCAACUCUGGAUCCUUAACCCACUGAGCGAGGCCAGAGAUAGAACCUGUCUCCUCAUGGAUACUAGUCAGAUUCGUUUCCGCUGAGCCACAGCAGGAACUUCUUACCAGGCUGUUUGCAAGAGUUAGAGUUUCAUUUUUAAAUUUUGAAAUGUGCCGUUCUAUGUAGUGCUUUGUAAAAGAAAAACCUACAAACAUAGACACUGCUUAAUAUUGCUUUGCUGAUUUUUGUUUAAUUAUAGAUAAAUCUGUAUCUAUGCAAAGAAAAUGAUAAAACAAAGCAAACAUUCCACUUCUCUGGGAUCUCUAGCUUAUUGGUAAGGAUCAUUUGGAUCAACAUAAUUAAAGAAUAAAUUGUAUUUGUUUGUAUUAACUAGUUAAAAGCACAGUGUGUUAGUGAAUACACUGAUAAACCAACUUGCCUCUACUGCACUUUAGCUUCUAUCUGGACGGGAUAGAACACAUACUUUCAACACAGCUAGUAUGUAGAGUGGAAUCUUCUGCUGCUCCUUAUUUUAAAAAAGCAAACCUUACUGUUCUAAGGUAUGAGAUGAAGGCCUUCACUCACAGUUCAUCUUGAAGUGAAAGAGAGGUGCCUCAUUUUUAAAUUAUAUUUGUCUUUUCAUGGUAAAGUUUGUUUUACUCAGUUUCUUAUAAUAGUCAUUUUUAUGUCCUACUCCUAGUUUUCUUAAGAACAUGUAAAAGCUGCUGCUUUCUAAAAUAGUAAUUACUUUAUAUUUGAAAAGGCAGUUGUCUGCAAUGGACAGAUAUAUUAUUUCUUAUAAUGAUGUCUGACAUUUUAUAUAGGAAAUCAGACUACAGUAUUCAAAAAGUUUAUCUAUAUAAACUUUUUAUUUUUACUUGCUACAUCCUUACAUUCUAAGACCUGAUGCAUAGUACUAAGAAAAAAUUAUUUUGAGCAUAUGACACUUUAAAUUUCUGUUUAAAGUUUGUGUAGUAUUAAUAUAUCUCUUACAGUUAUAAUUUCUUUAAAAUAAUGCUGUUUCUUAUAUUUUUAUACUACAGUUUACAUUAUAAUUUUUCUAUUUUUUAACAAUAUUUCAUUGUGUAGGGUCGAUCAGAUUGAUUUAAAAACCAGCUUUUCUCUGACGUGUGUGUUUUAUACAUCAUCAUAUUGGUUUUGGCUUUUAAAUAAAUAUAAUAUGGUUUGUAGUUAAA